AAUCAUUUGGCGUACGGACCAGCCUCACUUCCGCUACUGCCGAUAUCAAAAGACCGGACAACAUUUGCACACAUUUUUCCCCCCCACAAGGAAAUGAGUCGUUUUCAUCUUCAUCCGAAGUGCAGAGUAUUGGUUUUAAUGCUCACGCCGUAACGCUUUUUGAGAAGAUUGACUCUUAGUAGAAGACUGAAGACGACGAUGGCGGAGAAACAAAAAAGCAGCGAACUCCAGUUUAUAAAGGAGCUGGUAGACGAAUUGUACAAUUACAGAGAUUGUUACUUUGAGACUCAUGGUGUGGAGGAGGCGCCCAGGAAACAAGAGGACGUCGCACGCGAGUUGGAAAAGGUGCUGAAAAAGCUGCAGGAGAAAGAAGAAUGCAACAGGCACAAAGCAGAGUUCCUGCUGCAGAAGGGCAGGUGCCUGAACGUAGCUCCAGAUUUCAGCGCCGCCGCGGAGGAUUGCCUUUCCCGUGCUGUGAAGCUGGAGCCUGGCCUGGUGCAGGGCUGGAACACUCUGGGAGAGCAGUAUUGGAAAAAAGGUGACCUGAUGGCUGCCAAGAACUGCUUCACGGGAGCCUUGCAGCAGAGCAAGAACAAAGUGUCUCUGCGAAACAUGUCCAUGGUCUUGAGGCAGCUCCCGGCGGCGGGCGGCGAUGCGCACGGCAAGCAGGUUCUGGAGAGCGUGGACAUGGCCCGGCAAGCUGUCCAACUGGACGUCACCGACGGGACAUCCUGGUAUAUCCUAGGCAAUGCCUACGUAUCCCUCUUCUUCUCUUGCGGACAAAAGCCACAAUUGUCCACACAGGCUCUAAGUGCCUAUGCACAAGCUGAAAGAGUGGACAGAGCCGCCGCUUGCUACCCCGAGCUGCACUUCAACCGAGCCACCCUGUUCCAGUACGAGGAAAUGUUCGGGUCGGCGCUGGGGGGCUACAGCCGCGCGGCUGCCCUGGACCCCGGCUGGCCGGAGCCUGCGGAGAAGGAAAAGCAGUUGAUGGAGUACCUCAAUAACGUCACAGAACUCUGCCAGAAAAAGAGCGUGUUCGCAGGGGAAGGUGAAGGCCCGGCGUUUGCGCAGCAUGCUCUCCGGCCUGACCGCGUCGUCUUUGGGCCCGUGUUCCUCUCCCGACUUCUGCUCGUGGACGGGCCGCGUGGGAGGCCUGGAGCCGCGGCCGUCGAGCUCGCUGGCGCACGGCCUCAACGGCGGAGCGGCCGCCCUGGGGAAGGUGGUGUUCAGCCUGGCGUCCCGGGGCCGCAUGGCCUUUACGUUCGGCAUGGUGGACGGCGAGGAGACGUGCGUGGCGGUGAUGGUGUACAACACGGCCGACAGCUGGGGCGUCCUCAUCGGAGACACCGUGGUCGUUCCGGAGCCUCGGGUCAAAUGUCACAGUAUCGCACACAAAGUCGUUUGACUUCAGGAGCAUCCGCGUGGACUCUCCUCUGUGCCUCGUCGUCAACGGAAGGCCACAGAAUGCUCAGAGUGUGAUGGUCACCUCUGUCAGCUACAAGCCUCAGAGUGAAUGAGGACAGAAUGGAACGGACCCGUUUCCGUCGUCGUCUUGUACAUAGUGCCCAGCAGUCACGACACUUUCUUUUAUUUAUUUGAGCGUAUGAUGCCAGUGUUCUCAAGUCAUCAACUAUGAAUGGUUGCAAAAUAAAGUUGAACUUGCCACGCUGCUAUCAAUGGUGGUUGAACUGUUUGGAGGUUUAUGUCGAUCAAAUAAAUCCUGUUUUUUUUAGUA